AUGGAAAACAUAGAAGUUGCUCGCUUCAUGCUGCAAGAAAGAGGUUGAAAUAGAGGCAGCCACAUCUCUGGAAAAUCUGUUCAUUACUAGAGAUUAGAGCAUCUCUGGUGUGAUGUCAACUGGGUUAUUGUGAGCCGCUUUUUGAACAUUUUCCUCUUUCUUGAGCACAGUGGAAUUUUAGAUCCAACAGAUGAGGUGCAUCUGUUUUGUAUUCUUCUAGUCUACAUUCCACUGAUUAAUAAUGCAAUUAACCAAUUUAUCAGUCAGGGGAAUAAUCAUCCUGUAAGCACAAAAUGCAACUUCUCUCCCAAUCAGCUCUGGAUACAAGGAAUGCUACAUUUCAGAAAUUCUAGGUAUAAGGCUGUGACAGAUGUGACUGCCAGAAAGACUGUUAAUUUAUUCAAUCAUUAUGGGAUUGAUGAAGAAGGGCCUGUACCUGACAUGCAGAGUGACUAUGCAGUUUCGGUACCUGACACAAUUACUACUCUGUCACAUAACCAAGAAUUGUCACUGCAAGAAGCUAGAGACGCAGCCUUCCAAACUGGUGAUCAUGAUGGAAUCAUAGCCUACCAAGUG